AUAUUGGUUUUGAAGGAUUUAUUGUUGAUUUUAAUUUCUUUGGUUUUGUUAAUUAUCUGUGUUUUAGUAGGGGUUGCUUUUCUUACCUUGCUUGAGCGAAAGGUUUUGGGUUAUAUUCAAAUUCGUAAGGGUCCUAAUAAGGUUGGUUUUAUUGGGUUGUUACAGCCGUUUGCUGAUGCAAUUAAGUUGUUUACUAAGGAACAAACUUUUCCUGUUAUGUCAAAUUUUAAUAUUUAUUAUUUUUGUCCUGUUGUUAAUUUAUUUAUUUCUCUCUUUUUGUGAAUGAUAAUACCUUUUUUAAGAGUGUGUUUAAAUUUUAAUUUAUCUUUAUUGUUUUUUUUUUGAGUUUCUAGAUUAGGGGUUUAUACUAUUAUAAUGGCUGGCUGGUCUUCUAAUUCUUCUUACUCGUUAUUAGGAGGUUUACGUUCUGUUGCUCAGACUAUUUCUUAUGAGGUGAGGUUGGCUUUAAUUAUGAUAUCUUUUAUUUUUUUGUCUUUGAGUUUUAAUUUGCUUGAUUAUUAUUAUGUUCAGAAUUAUGGUUGAUUUAUUUUUUUGUGUUUGCCUCUAAGUUUAAUAUGAUUGAUUUCGGGAUUGGCUGAAACUAAUCGUACUCCUUUUGAUUUUGCAGAAGGUGAAUCUGAGUUGGUUUCUGGUUUUAAUGUUGGAGGGGGUUUUGCGAUAAUUUUUCUUGCUGAAUAUGCAAGAAUUCUUUUUAUGAGAAUAAUCAGAGUUAUACUUUUUUUAGGGGGUGAUUUAAAUUCUUUUAUUUUUUUUGUUAAGUUGGUAUUUGUAUCAUUUUUUUGGUUAUGAGUUCGAGGUACUCUUCCUCGUUUUCGUUAUGAUAAGU